AUGUCUGCUAAUGACCAGUAUCAGACGCCAUUGGCGUCUCGCUAUGCCAGCAAUGAGAUGAAAACGAUAUUUUCUGCCCGCGAGCGAGCAUCAACAUGGCGCAAACUUUGGCUUUGGCUAGCAGAAGCUGAGAAGGAGCUGGGGAUCAAGCAGAUCAGUGAUGAGGCAAUUGAAGCGAUCAAGGCCAAUGUCACCGUGAGCGACGAGGCAUUCAAAGUUGCUGCUGUUGAAGAACGCCGCCGCAGACACGAUGUCAUGGCUCAUGUCUAUGCGUUGGAAAAAGAUGCUCCUGCGGCUGCAGGAGUUAUUCAUCUUGGUGCUACUUCGUGCUAUGAUAACGCUGACUUGAUCUUUAUCCGCGAUGCGCUUGACCUGAUUCUACCAAAACUUGCCAAAGUUAUCCACAACCUUGCGCAAUUCUCUCUUAAAUACAAAGAUCUCCCGGCUCUAGGCUUCACUCAUUACCAAGCCGCUCAGGCAAUUACCCUUGGUCGACGAGGCGCCCAAUGGCUUCAAGAUCUCGUUAUGGAUCUCGAGGACAUUGAGUAUGUAAGAGCUGGUCUUAAAUUCAGAGGAGCUCAGGGGACCACUGGAACUCAGGCUUCGUUUAUGGAGAUUUUCCAAAACGAUGCCUCUAAAAUUGACAAGUUGAACGAGAUCCUUUGCAAGAAAGCCGGAUUUUCCAGCUGCUAUGAUAUCUCUACUCAAACGUAUACUAGAAAAGUGGACCUGCGCAUUGCCAACGCCCUUGCAGCUCUCGGAGCAACCGCUGUCCGCAUUGCAACCGACCUUCGUCACCUCGCCCACGAUAAAGUCAUGGAAGAGCCUUUCGAGAAGGAUCAGAUUGGCUCAUCUGCCAUGGCUUACAAGCGCAACCCCAAUGCGGGUAUAGAAUCUGCAGCAUUGGCAGGAAAACUGAGCAACGUAUCGGCCAAUUUCUCCGAAACAUUCUCCGGCCAAUGGCUUGAGAGGACUCUGGAUGAUAGCGCUAUUCGGCGUAUUGAUAUCCCUGAGAUGUUCCUUAUGGCAGAUGCCAUUCUAAUCAGCCUUGAUAAUAUCACCAACGGCCUUGUGGUAUACCCCGCCAUUGUCAACUCUCAGCUGCGAGAGGAGUUGCCAUUUAUGGCUACCGAGAACAUAAUUAUGAAGCUGUGCAGCCAUGGAGUUUCCCGACAAGAAGCCCAUGAGGAGAUUCGUGUUCUUUCGCAUCAAGCCGCUCAUGUUGUUAAAAUGGAAGGCGGAAAGAAUGACCUGAUUGAGAGAAUCAAGAAGACUGAAUUCUUUAAACCAGUCUGGGAUGAGAUAGAUGGUCUCCUGGACACGAAGCUGUUUAUUGGCCGAUCUCCCGAGAUUGUCGAGAGAUAUGCGGGCGUAGGGGGGCCCGUCGAGAAGAAGUUAGAGCAGUAUAAGGAGUAUAUUAUGUCCACAGCUACAGCUGAGCUAUCUGUCUAG